GCAACCAUGGCCAUACACAAAUCUCUCCCCUUUGCUUUUCUACUCAUUUUGUUAGCCUUUCUUUCUUUCCAAGCAAUAUCAUUUGCAAUAACAGCACCAUCAUCCACACUCUCAGAAGUAGAGGCUCUCAUGAAAUGGAAAGCCAGCCUCUCAGCAUCACAAGCUCUCCAUGCAUGGUCUCUUCCUUCUGCUAAUUCAACCACCAACAUAAUCUCUCCAUGCAACUGGACUGGGAUCUCAUGCAACAUCCUUGGAAGUGUAACAAGGAUAAGCCUACCCAGUCUGGGUUUGGAAGGUAAGCUCGAUAACUUGAGUUUUCCGUCAUUUCCAAACCUCCUUCAUCUUGAUCUCAGCGACAACACACUCAUCGGAACCAUUCCAGCCCAUCUUGAACCUCUUUACAAACUCACGUCCCUGAAUCUGUCUGCAAAUGAAAUAAUUGGAUCAAUACCUCUGGAAAUAGGUAAUCUUGUGAAUUUGAAUGAGCUUGACUUGUCCUUUAACCAUCUAGAUGGUUCCAUCCUUUCCACUAUAGGAAAUCUGACAAAGCUUUCCAUCUUGUACCUGGACCGAAAUCAAAUCUCUGGCUCCAUUCCUUCACAGAUCGGGAAUCUACAAGCUCUGGUUGAAUUGUCGUUGUUCCAAAACAAUCUGACUGGUCGGAUUCCUCUUGCUUUACGUAAUUUGAGCAACCUUGCAUUUUUGUAUCUCUACGACAACCAAGUUUCUGGCUCAAUUCCACCUGAAGUAGGGAAUCUGGUUAAUCUCAAAGAGCUUGACAUGUCCAUUAACCAUUUAAAUGGUUCCAUCCCUUCCACUUUAGGAAAUCUGACAAAGCUUUCCAUCUUGUACCUGGACCAAAAUCGAAUCUCUGGCUCCAUUCCUUCACAAAUCGGGAAUCUACAAGCUCUGGUUGAGUUGACAUUUUUCCAAAACAAUCUGACUGGUCAGAUCCCUCCUGCUUUAGGUUAUUUGAACAACCUUACAAUUUUGUCUCUCUACGACAACCAAGUUUCUGGCUCAAUUCCACCUGAAGUAGGGAAUCUGGUUAAUCUCAAAAAGCUUGACAUGUCCAUUAACCUUCUAACAGGUUCUAUCCCUUCCACUUUAGGAAACUUGUCCAUUCUCACUCUUCUUCAUCUGUUUAAAAAUCAAUUCUCUGGUUCUAUUCCACCUGAAGUAGGGAAUCUGGUUAAUCUCUGGGAUCUCAAGCUAUCCAGUAACUUUCUAACUGGUUCUAUCCCUUCCACUUUAGGAAACUUGAGAAAGUUAACUGUCCUCUACCUCUUUGAGAAUCAAAUUUCUGGUUCUAUUCCUCUAGAACUUGGGAAUUUAAAGAGUCUCAAUGAUUUAGCAUUGUACCGUAACAAUCUGACUGGCCCCAUCCCUCCUGCUUUAGGUAAUUUGAGCAACCUUACAAAAUUGUAUCUCUACGACAACCAAAUUUCUGGCUCAAUUCCACCUGAAGUAGGGAAUCUGGUUAAUCUCAAAGAGCUUGACAUGUCCACUAACCUUCUAACAGGUUCUACACCUUCCACUUUAGGAAACUUGACAAAGUUAACUAUCCUCUACCUCUUUGAGAAUCAAAUUUCUGGUUCUAUUCCUCUAGAACUUGGGAAUUUAAAGAGUCUCAAUGAGUUAGCAUUGUACGGUAACAAUCUGACUGGUCCGAUCCCUCCUGCUUUAGGUAAUUUGAGCAACCUUGCACUUUUGAGUCUCCACGUCAACCAAGUUUCUGGUUCUAUCCCUCCUACUUUUGGAAAGUUGACCAAGCUUACUUUUUUGUCCCUUAUUUACUGUGAAUUAUCUGGUUCCUUGCCUCAAGAAAUGACAAACAUGACAAAUCUUUCUCAACUCUACUUGGGUGACAACAACUUUUCUGGCUACUUACCUCAGUUAUGUCAUGGUGGAUCUCUUGAAAAAUUCACUGUGCCAAACAACCAUUUCAGUGGUGAGAUCCCAAGAAGCUUCAGAAACUGCACUAGCUUAACAAGACUUCUACUCAACGGAAAUCGACUCACUGCAAAUGUAUCAGAAGCCUUUGGUGUAUACCCACAUCUCACAUACAUGGACGUCAGCAACAACAUGCUGUUUGGUGAACUCUCACCAAACUGGGGAGACUGCCAAAACUUGACAAAGCUAAAAUUCUCCGGGAACAUGAUCACCGGUAGAAUUCCUCUAGAGAUUGGGAAGUUGACGCAGCUAGAAGUGCUUGGUCUUUCUUCGAACCAACUAAUAGGAGAGAUUCCAAAGGAAUUUGGGAGGCUGACUUUAUUGUUCAACUUGACUUUAAAUGAUAAUCAGCUUUCUGGUCAGGUACCUCAAGAGAUUGGAAAACUAUCCAAUUUGGAGGUUCUUGACUUGUCAAUGAAUCACCUAAGUGGUCCAAUACCACCUGAAAUAGGGGAUUGCUCCAAACUCCUGUAUCUGAAGUUGAGCGAAAAUGUUUUAAAUGGAAGCAUUCCUUUUCAGAUCGGUAACUUAGAAUACCUACAGAUCUUACUAGAUCUAAGUCAUAACUCCUUCACUGGAGAGAUAUCACCACAACUCGCAAAACUGAUUAGGCUGGAAAAGUUAAACCUCUCCCAUAGCAUGCUGACAGGCUCCAUUCCGCAUUCUUUUGAAGAGAUGUUUAGCUUGCAAUCCAUUGAUUUUUCAUACAAUGCUUUGGAAGGUCCUUUUCCUAGCAGCAAAGCCUUUCAGAAGGCUCCAGCAGAGGCAUUCAUAAAAAACAAAGGCUUAUGUGGUGAAGUGCAAGGUUUGCAACCUUGCAACGCCUCUUCAAUAAGUCAUGGUGAUGGAAGGAAAGGUCACAAAGUUGUGAUCCUCAUUGUUCUUCUCUUCUCAUUAUUGUUUCUUUUAUUUACAAUCAUCGGCAUAAUUUCUUCCAUUUAUUACCAAAGACGAAGAAGAAGAAUAGAGAAAGGGGUUCUUGAAAUGAGCAGAGGAAAUACAUUUUCAACAUGGAAUUAUGAUGAGAUUGCCACGUUUGAAGACAUUGUGAAGGCGACAGAGGAUUUUGAUGACAAAUAUUGCAUUGGAACUGGAGGGUAUGGGAAAGUUUACAAAGCAAAUCUACCAGCAGGCCAGGUAGUAGCUGUGAAGAAACUUCACCCACUCGAAGGCGGGAAUCAAUCUGAUCAAAGAAAUUUUAGGAAUGAGAUAAAAGCAUUAACGGAAAUCCGCCAUUGCAACAUUGUGAAACUUUAUGGCUUCUGUUCACAUGCUCGAUUUUCAUUUCUAGUCUACGAGUACAUGGAAAGGGGAAGCUUGACAAACAUCUUAAGCAAUGAUGAAAGAGCAACACAGUUGGACUGGACUUUGAGGGUGAAGGUUAUCAAAGGUGUGGCACAUGCUUUAUCUUACAUGCACCAUAAUUGUACCCUACCGAUUGUCCAUCGAGACCUAUCAAGCAACAAUGUUCUGUUGAAUUUAGAACUUGAGGCUAGUGCCUCUGACUUUGGAACUGCACGAUUGCUGAUACCUGAUUCCUCAAAUUGGACUACACUCGCAGGCACUUGCGGAUACAUCGCUCCAGAGCUUGCAUAUACAAUGAGGGUGACUGAAAAAUGCGACGUAUAUAGCUUUGGUGUUGUGGCACUUGAAGUGAUGAUGGGAAGUCAUCCUGGGGAGCUCAUCUCCUCUUUGUCAUCGUCAAGUAGUAGACAAGAUACACUGCUAAAAGAUAUGUUGGACCAACGUCUCUCAGAUCCGAUGGCUGAUGUCGCACAUGAAGUCUUAUUUGUGGUAUCCAUGGCUCUUGCAUGCAUUCGACCAGAUCCAGACUCUCGGCCAACCAUGCGAUACGUGGCUCAGGAGCUAUCUAUUGGAGGGCCUUCUUUCUCUCUACAGCCAUUCCAUGCAGUUACAUUACGUCAACUGAUGGAUCUGAAGGUAUAGUUGGGUGGAUGAAAAUCACCAACUUUGUGGGCAUGUGGUGGCAUGAACAUUAUUACUGUGUUUAUUGUAUGAAAAUCAUCGAGCAUAAAGGUGUUUUUCUUCUUAUGAUAUGUACAUAAUUCAGUGUGUAGAAUCGAUGUUUAUAAAAAAAAAAUUUAGCAUUUUAGUGUUGGUGAUCGAAAUCUAUAUGUAAUAAAGUAUUUGAAAGAAUAAAGAUGUUUUCUUGUGUGA